AACUUCCCAAAUUCAAUCUUGCCCCGAUGAUCGGUUGACCAUCUCUAAUUAAUCACUCAACUCUCGCGUCUCAAACCUACGCCUUGUCCCUAUUUUCGAUCCUUUCGCGUCAUUUCCAUCAUUCCCCAUUACCCGGCGUACACCUGUCCUUUGCUCUUUAGUGUGAGAGGUAUAACUCGCCUCAUACCGGAUCUGUGUCCUCUCGAACGCGCCGCCGUGCCCCCAAUACGAUCUAUCUUUUGCAGACCUGCGAACCGUCACCAGUGAACGAGCCAACAAGGAUAACGUGCGCAGCCAUGGAUGACUCUAUCGACCCCGAAUCAAUCACCCCCCCUGCCCGCGCCGGUUCUCCCUCUCCAUCGGUUCCAGCAACGCCGGCCAUCUCUUCCUGUCCAUCGCCAGACCGGACCUUUUCGUCUCUGUCCUCGCUCUCGGCCUCGUCUGCUACCUCUGCCGAUGCCAGGUCAUCGAUUUCGACCGCCUCCAAGCGACGGGGCUACAUUCGCACCCAAGGGGCCGAGUUCGCAGAUUCGGCUAAGAACCGAGAGAGUGUGAUGAGCCUGGGUAGCAUCGCGCAUCUGCAAUACUACUUUGCGCGGACAGGCUUGCUGGAUGGGAAGGGCGGUCAGGCCCGUGCAUACAAGAAAAAGAAGAAGGAUCCAGAAGAGCUUCCCAGGCUGCUGCUGACCCCCAAUGCCCGGUUCAUCGAGGAGUUGACGGUGAGCCCUACGGAGGAAGAAAGCAUCGAUCCCCGCGAUUCCGGCUUUGAAGACGAUGGGUCCGAGAUGGAUGAGGACGUCGAGGUGAUGCUUCCACCCACCGUGAGCACGUACAGUAUCAAGACACACCACAUCCCGUCCCCACCGAAACUAAAGGCGCUGCGCAAGGACCUGAUGGAGGCGAUGGAGAAGGCCGACCGCGCGAUCAAUUCCCUCGACACCCAGAAGGAUCCGCCAGCGGAAAUGAUUCCGCCCCGCAUCAGUUUCUCAUCCAACGAACCCGGCGACAGCGAAGAUGACUCAACACCACAACCUCCUCCGGAGGCAGUUCCUCAGACAUGGCAGGAGAUUCAGGGCAUGCGUGUCCUGGAUGCCGUCACCUUAGCCAUUCGGGCCGCGAAGAUCUACUACACCGCACAUGAGCGUCCUGAGCGACUGGCAUCAAUCAAGGACAAGCGGGAGAUCCGAAAGGAGCUCUUCAGUGUGCUCGAGGUGAUGAAGCGAUGGGCCGCUCGGAACUUUGCCGACGGGCUUCGCGAGGACGAGCGUACUGCCAUUAUAGGCUGGAUGGGCAACGUACGCGACAUGCUGGCACGGGAAGCUCAGCUGGAAUCAUUUGAAGCCAAAGAGCGAGCUGCAUGGAUCUGGACGGAAGGUGAGUGGACAGGCAAAGAGCGGGACCGGGAGACGUUGUUCCUGCGUAGCCUGAUCGGCGCCGACGCGCAGCUGCCCGCAUGGACCGCUCCGGAGGAUAACUCACCGCCGCCUGCCAUGCUGGAGCGUCUGCGCGACGGCCGAGACCUGGUGCGGGCCCAUAAUUUCGCAAUCAAAAAUUCGAAGCGGCCGGUCUUCGACAUCAAGACGUACCAUCAGGAUGUCGGGAAGCCAUAUCGCAUGGCAGAGAACCUGCGAUUCUGGAUUAAGGCAGCUGAGCUACGAUGGGAAACCAAGCUGGAGAUCGAUGUGAUGGGGGUGGUACAGGGCAAUAGCGACGAGGCUUGGAAGCAGUUCGACACCGCUCUGCUGUCCUGGUGUAGGGUAGUCCGUGAAGAGCUGGUGCGGGAUUGGCGGGAGCGGCGAGCUUCGGCUGCCAGCCUUCCUAGUGACGAUCUGGUGAUCCGUCCUUUGUGAUAGGAGGUGCUCGGUCGUCAAUUGUGAUCGAUCAUGGUCACGAAUAGGAAGAGGGGGGCUUGUUUUUUUGGGGGGGGGAUUAAAGGAAAGGGGAGAAGGGGAAGCCGAAAGAAAGAGGAGGGGAAUUGGGGAAGGGGAAGACCGACGGGAUGGUCGGUGGGUUCGUUCUUGCGCUUAUUUUGCUGUCCGCUCUGGCCACAUUGAUACCCCUUGCUUGUCUGAGCUCAGUCAGGUUGGAAAUAAUUGUGUUUUACAUUUCACCCCUCUGUCGCGAUAUGCUUGAUCUUGCUUGUAUCUCGGACGGGAGACACUCCCCUUCAUUGUAACUAUACGACUUUUGGCGCGGGAAUAUGGGCUACACUCCGUCUCUCAGGCGAAUGUCGGACAGGUCGCCGAUAUCCCUGUGCUGAAGGGGGGUGCCCAAUCCGGUGUCAGAUUAUACUUUCUUGUAUCAUUCUCAAUACAUAAUCUUUGCUUACGAAGAUU